CAGAAUAUAUGCAACUUAUAAAAUAAAUAUCCCAAUAACAUCAUAUUGAUCACGUACAUGCAACAAGCUAGUGACAAUUAGCUAUAGGAGAAGAAAACAUACAUAUAUAUAUAGGUAGCUAGUAGUAGAAUGGGAGAUAAGGAGAUGAAAGUGGUGAGAUAUGGAAUAAUCGGUGUGGGGAUGAUGGGAAGAGAACAUUUGAUUAAUCUUUACCAUCUCCGGAGUGAAGGUGCCGCCGUUGUUUGUGUGGCUGACCCUCAUUUACCCUCCCAACACAUUUCUUCUGACUUUGCCGACUCCUUUGGGUGGCCACUUAAGGUGUUUUCAGGGCACAAGGAACUACUGGACAGUGGGAUGUGUGAUGUUGUGGUGGUUGCAACCCCUAACAUGACACAUUAUGAAAUCUUGAUGGAUAUCAUCAACCACCCAAAAACACAUCAUGUAUUGGUCGAAAAGCCUUUGUGCACAACUGUACAAGACUGCAGACAGGUGAUAGAAGCUGCAAAAAAGAGACCGGAUAUGUUGGUACAAGUUGGGUUAGAGUACAGAUUCAUGCCUCCUGUUGCUAAGCUGAUUGAUAUAGUUGGUGGUGGAAAACUAGGACAUGUUAAAAUGGUCUCGAUCAGGGAACAUCGAUUUCCAUUUUUAGUUAAGGUGAAUAAUUGGAAUAGAUUCAAUUGUAACAGUGGAGGAACUCUCGUUGAAAAAUGCUGCCACUUUUUUGAUCUGAUGAGAUUGUUUGUAGGAGCCAACCCAGUUCGUGUAAUGGCUUCUGGAGCUAUUGAUGUUAAUCAUAAAGAUGAAGUCUAUGAUGGAAAGGUGCCUGAUAUUUUGGAUAAUGCAUAUGUUAUCGUUGAAUUUGACAAUGGGGCGAGAGGCAUGCUUGAUCUCUGUAUGUUUGCUGAAGGAAGUAAAAACGAACAAGAAAUUUCAGUUAUUGGUGAGAUCGGAAAGGGUGAAGCCUUUGUUCCUGAAAAUAUUGUUCACUAUGGUCUGCGACAAGAAGGAAGAGAUGGUGUCCGAACCAUGAGAGUAGAUGAUCAUAGAAUCAAAUAUGAUGGGUUGCACCAUGGUUCAAGCUACUUAGAGCAUCAGAACUUUUUGGCAACAAUCAAGUCUGAAGGGAAGAAAACCCCGGCGGUUGAUCUGCAUGAUGGGCUGGUUGCGGUGGCUAUUGGUGUUGCAGCACAGCUUUCUAUAGAGAUGGGCAGAUUUGUUAGCAUUAAGGAAGUCACUUCUUAACAAACUUGUUUUUUUUUUUUAAUCUUUCCUGUUAAAACAACAAUGGGAACAACUCUUAGAAUUUGAAGUUUAAUUGCAUAUUGGAGGUCAAAUGCUUAUUUGACCAUUGCAUCUCCCAUUAAAUUGUUGGUCAUUACUAUUCAAAUAUCAGUCUCAGUAUGUUCUUUUA